AUGGCUCCGAUGGGUAUCCGAUUGUCUCCGCUCGGUGUGGCGGUGUUCUGCCUCCUCGGAGUCGGUGUCAUCUACCACCUGUAUGCCGGGGUGAUCUCCAGCCGCCUGGCCGCCUUCAGAUCAGACUCUGGUCUCAGUUUCAGGUAACACCACUUGACCUCUCAUUACCAUUCCACACUGCAUGGACUGAUAUAAACCCUGACCAGCUAUAAUCUUAGGAACACUGACAUUGGUGUGUGUGUGUGUGUGUGUGUGUGUGUGUGUGUGUGUGUGUGUGUGUGUGUGUGUGUGUGUGUGUGUGUGUGUGUGUGUGUGUGUGUGUGAGAGAGAGAGAGAAACAAAUUCCAAGCCUUAGGUUUGUGUUGACAUGAUCUGACAGGUGAAUACUGAACUUUUCAGAAUCAUAUUGUUCAUUCAGACGUUCGACAUUCAGACAGGUUUUUAAUUAUAUUCUUAUAACAUAUCUUUAUCUAUUUUGUUUUAUAUAUUUUUAUAUAAAAAGACAGCAGCCUACUAAAAUCGAGUACCAAAACAGGAAAAAAGGAAACUGUACUCCUUCUACUCAGAUAGUAACCAGAGGCAUAUCCGAAACUGAAGACUAGUGGUUGACCAGAUGCCGUUUUUCAAUGGCCAAUGUCAAUACCGGUUAUGAGAGAGCAGGUUGGCUGAUAUACAGUAUAAUGUUGGUAUCACAAUAUGGUCUGUCUUUUAUUCCAUUUAAAUUCUGUUUUACAAAGUCAAUCAUACCGAACAAAUUACAAAUAUUCUGAACUUCAAUUAACAUUUGCACAAAUAACUAUAGAUGGAAUAAUGCUUUCUGGGAGAAAUAUCACCACACCUAACUUUUGGAAUUCUUUCCUCGAAUCCGACAUUGUUAUUCUAGACUUUAUAAUCAAAUUCAAAAUGACAUUUAUCAGCACGAUUAAUUGGCCAACAGGUUAACUGAGCUGUUUUUAUUAAAGAAAAAAAAAUAAAACAAACAAAAACGAAAAAAAGGUCAUGAAAACAUUCCCAAAUGAGUCUUAACAUAAGGCAUGCCAGUGGUUUACCUCCUGAAAUCAAUUUGUCAGGGUUGUACUAUCAGGUCCCUUUCUAUAGACUAAGUUUUCAUGGUGCACAACAGCCUGUUUCUUCUUUUUGUUUUUCUUUGUCCUUUACAUCUUUGUCUUCAUGAUAUUUUUCUUCUUUGUCUAUUUCUUGUUUAGCUUCUCUUUCUUCGUCUUUUUCCAUAUCUUCUCCUUCAUGUAUUUCUUCCUUUUCUUCUUCAUCUUCUUGUUCGUCUUUGUGGUGUAUUGUGAAGAGUGGUUCACUUAAUGCUUAGUGAUACUAUGGAAAUGUAAUGAUGAAAGAUGCCUGCCAACAUGGAAGGGGUUUGAAUCUUUAUUUAGAUAUAGAAAGCUCAUUACAAAGUACAAAAACUUUUUUUUCAUAUUCAGAUGUAUGUACACUAACUUGAAAAGUACUAUAUUUCAUUUCUGCCAAACUUGUACUUCCAAAUGCUGCUAAAUAGCACACACUUUACCUUUUAUACUUGUUUUUUUUUUAUUUGAGUUUGUCAAUGCAAGCUAGACUAUUUGAUUUAUUUGAUCAAUUCUAGUUUCUGUCACUUGCAUUCCUUGUAGUUCACUAUGCUUGCUGUGAAGAAAUGUAAAAACUCAUAUUUGAUGUACCCCUUUGAUAAAGGAGAACCGUAGACAUGAGGGACCUGCUGGCUGUCUCAGUGGAAGCUGCGGUAUUAGGUGGCAAAGAGGUGAGAUAUUCUGCUCAGUUAAAUUGGUGUUGAAAAGGUUUAGAGUUUGUUUUGUCAGCGCCUCACAGUGGUCACCUGUUUUUAAAAAAACUUGUACAAAGGAGGGAAGUUUUUUUUAUUUUAUAUCUUGAAGAUGUUUUGCUUUAGGUAAAAUCAAAACUUUGUAUUCCAGACUUCAAAUUAAAGUCAAAGAAUGAUAAAGACACAGCAUCUAAGGGAGCUGGAUUAUGCUUCAAUGCUUGCUCCAAUUUGGCUGGUUUUGUAGAAAAGAGUAACAUAAGGAAGAGGAGGAUUAAUUUGUAAUACAUUUUACAUGCAAGACUUUAUAGACCAUUGAAGUAAACUGACUGUUUAUGAAACUCUGGAGAUAAUAAUUACAAAAAAAGUUUACAAGUUGUACUGUUGUCACAAUCGAAAAAAGGUUGAAAAUUGGGAAAACUCAAGGGCCCUCAUUUAACAAGCUUGUGUACGGCAGAAAACUUACAUAAACCUUGCAUACGUAAGAUGCGACAUGGGGAUCGGCAUUUUUCAAUCUGCAUGUGAGCUUACGCUACGACCAAAUCUCACGACAGGUCUGAGUCGUCUGACAUUGUGUACGCAAGUUUGAGUCAGUGUGUAUUUGCGGUGCAGCAAAUGUCUGUCUCAAAAUAAUUGAUAAACAAACCUCAAACCUGUCAUUAAGCACAAGCAGACAGAUUUCCUUAAAGAUAAAGACUUAAAUUGAAAUAGAAUAAAAUAAAUUUGUUAUGUCCUUAGUGAAUAGGUCUAUUUGAUAACUCUGCCCAGAGACACUGCCAGGAGUGCCGUUUCAACAUUACGCACACACAUGCCACUGUGGAGCGCUGCGUUUGACUCCUAAAAGGCAGGUGUCUCUGUCUUGGUCCAACAGCGGGGACAUUGUUGUACACUCCUGAAAGGGUGUGGGACAUCAUUUUCGGCCAGUACAGUUUUGCACAAUGUUGCUCUGGUGAAUGGAGUGCCGUUGGCUGUGCCGGUGCAACGUGAGGACCCGAUGCCCGGAGAACAGUAACGAGGAGAGACUCCUCAAAGGUGCUGUACAGAGGAGACAGGAACUUUUCGAUGGAUUCUGACAUGUAAAGUAUAAGUUUAGAAAGUGCUCUUGCUAUUUAAUCAGUGAUAAUAGAUCCAAUAGAAAUCCAUAAAAAUGUGCCUCAGGGGCAGCAACACACCGUUUGGUGACGUUAAUAAUUUUUGUUGAGCCUCUGUCAGACUCUCCAGUCUGCUCUACAUUACAAAGACGCAACAAAUUAAAACUAAAUACUUUCAGUAAUUGGAGCAACGUACCCUAUGUCAGGGCAAUAAAAAAAUAUGAGGCAUGUAUGAGAUAUUAAUUUAUCAUCAUGAGCAACUUAUUGACGAAUGAUUUAUUCAAACUUUAGCCACUGUCCGCUAUUUUGCGGCAGCGCUGUUCACCGCCACCAUAAUGCUGCUCCAGACAGGAGUUUUCUGGACUGCUUCUAUACCAGUUUUGAUGUUUCUAAAGAGCAAAUCCUUGUUAGUUUCCACCACAGAUGUGAGGAUAUCCACUUUCAGCUCAGAAAAGUUUCGAAUCUCUCUAAUAUUUCUACUCUGUCAUGUUUGACCUCAGUGGGUGAGGCUUCUGAACCACAAAUAUUUAAGGGCGUGACAUGUUAAUGACGAUUGAUUUCAGCCGCCACGUUUAUCAAGACCCGAUCAAACGUAUGCUGGGAUUGGUCAGAUACAAACCCUUUCAUAAAGCUCACGUGUCCUAUCGCACGAUGAAUCCUGCGUUCAGAUCUGUGCUCAGUUCUACACAAGAUUGAUAAAUGAGGGCCAGUGUGUUUUUAAUGUUGUUUGGAAAGACACUCCAACUGUACAUCCCUUGGGGUUUUUGAAAGGUUGGACUGUGUUGGAUAUGAGUAUUUUUUACUUCUUCUCCCAAGGUGAAGACUGUUCGUGAAGAAAACAACCUGAAGGAGAAGUCAAAAGGCAAGACAAGGGAGGGAGCCAGUGAGCCGCUGACCCUGGGCGACCUGCAGUCACACAGAAAAAUGUUCAACCUCAUAAAAAACACAUUCCCUGACAUCACGGUGAGCCCACCCACUUACUUAAGACCAAAACCAGUAAUGUUACAGAAUAAAAGGACUUGUUUGUCUGCUGAAGAUGAGCAGUGUUACUUCUCUUAGUUAUCCAAUCUGUGUUAAACGUACAGUCAUCAUGAACUGGCAUGUAGGUCUCGUCAGAAUUCAAAGUUUUUUUCACAUUAUUAUUACAUCUUGUCUGGAACCUCCUAGCUUAUUGUUUUAGUGCUGGUUUUGUAAAGUGGACAUGUGCUGCAGUCGCAGUGCAAGACGUGGAUCAAGGCUCACAUUAAACACUUUGACUUGGUAGUGCUGGAGUCCCCUUCUUCAGAAAAUUAGAAGCAUCAGUAAGGAUAGAGGAAGCACCUCAAUCACUAUAUACAUAUCAGCAACAUGGGUUUAAAUGACGUGAAGGCACACUCUUCUGCGGCAACAGUAUGGGUGGUGUUAAAUUACACUUUCAGCUUGUACCGAAUUGAGCAAUACAGUCAGCAGCAUCCUGACAAAUCAACUGAACCUUCUGUACCAUGCUUGCUUGGUCAAGAUCUUCUGUUAAGAUUUGGAGAAUCUGCUGUGAACGAAGGGUUUACUGUACACUGUGUGCACAAUUAUUAGGCAAGUGAGUAUUUUGAUCAUAUCAUCAUUUUUAUGCAUAUUUUCCAACUCCAAGCUGUAUAAACUUGAAUGCUUAUUGGAUAUAAGCAUAUCAGGGAAUGUGUAUUAGUGUAAUGAGGGAGGCUGGGGCCUAAGGAGAUCAAAACCCUAUAUCAAGGUGUGCAUAAUUAUUAGGCAGCUUCUUUUCCUCAGGUAGAAUGGGCCAAAAAAGAGAUUUAAGUGACUCUGAAAAGUCAAAAAAUGUAAAAAGUCUUUCAGAGGGAUGCAGCACUCUUGAAAUUGCUUAGAUUUUUGGGCGUGAUCACAGAAUCAGCAAACAUUUUGAUGCAAAUAGUCAACAGGGUCGCAAGAAAUGUGUUAAGAAAAAAAGAGGCAAAUUAACUGCCAAAGAUUUGAGAGAACACAAACGUAAAGCUACCAGGAACCCAAUAUCCUCCAGUGCUGUCAUAUUCCAGAACUGCAACCUACCUGGACUGCCCAGAGGUACAAGAUGAUCAGUGCUCAGAGACAUGGCCAAAGUAAGGAAGGCUGAAACCUGACCACCACUGAACAAGACACAAGUUGAAACGUCAAGACUGGGCCAAGAAAUAUCUGAAGAGAGAUUUUUCAAAGGUUUAAUGGACUGAUGGGAUGAGAGUGACUCUUGACGAACCAGAUGGAUGGACCCGUGGCUGGAUCAGUAAUGGGCACAGUGCUCCACUUCCAAUCAGACACCAGCAAGGUGGAGGCGGGGUACUGGUAUGGGCUGGUAUUAUUAAAGAUGAGCUAGCUGGACCUUUUGGGUUAAAGAUGGACUUAAAAUCAACUCCCAAACCCAAUGCCAGUUUUGAGAAGACACUUUCUUCAAGCAGCGGUACAGGCAAAAGUCUGCAUCUUUCAAGAAAACCAUGAUUUUUAUGCAGGACAAUGCUCCAUUGCAUGCAACAAAGUACUCCACUAUGUGGCUCGCCAGUAAAGGCCUUAAAAACGAAAGAAUAAUGACGUGGCCUCCUUCUUCACCUGACCUAAACCCUGUAGAGAACUUGUGGGCCCUUCUUAAACUGGAAAUUUACAGUGAAGGAAGACAGUACACCUCUCUGAACAGUGUCUGGGAGGCUUUGGUUACUGUAACACAAAAAGUUGAUCGUCAACAGAUCAAGAAACUGAAAGACUCCAUGAAUGAAAGGCUUAUGACUGUUACUGAAAAGAAGGGUGGCUAUAUUGGUCACAGAUUUUUUUUUUUUUUUUAAUUUCAACAAUUUUUAUUUGUAAAUUGAGUUGUUUGUUUAUCAUUCUCACUUUAACAAGUGAAAAUAAAAAAGUGAGAUGGAAAAUUUUUCAUUUUUAAUUUAGUUGCAUAAUAAUUCUGCACACUAUAGCUGCCCCCAAUAAUUGUGCACACAUAGAUAUUCUCCUAAGGAAGCCAAAAUCUCACUUUUACUCCCUUAAAUAUUAAGGUUUGAGGUUUAUUAACAUUUUGGAUUGACCGAGAGCACUGUAGUUGUUCAAAAAUAAAGUUUAUCCUCAAAAAUACAACUUGCCUAAUAAUUGUGCACACAGUGUAAAGAAACAGCAUUGUGCCAUUUUUAUAUAUUUAUUUUUUAUUUUCAUUUAUUUUUUUAAAGGGGGGGGGUGUGUGGUUUUUUUUUAGCCGCUAUACUUCCUCUCGAAUACCCCUUUGAUAUCUUUACAUGAUUUUCAGAUUUAAAAAAACCUUGUAUUUUUCUCUGGUAUAUUCAAAUAUCACAAUUUCAGCCUCUAUCUAAACACUUUGUUUUAGCUGCUGUCUCUUUAAGCUUUUGCCAAUAUUUGAUACACUGAUACUGUUAAGCUUCACUCAGGCAGAUUAAACAUCCUUUAUUGGGCUUGGACAUGGUUCACUACAUAUAGGAUAGACAGAUUUAUUCACAAAGUUGAUCAGAGCACAAAUAUCUCUCAAGCCUUGCUCUCUGUUAGGACAGAUUUUUGUUACUAGUUCUUAAAAUGAUUUGACUUUGGAGGUGUAGCUUAAGAGCUGUGAAUUCACUUUGAGAGACACAACCAAGUCUUAGAAUGCCAGGGAAAAAACUCAGUGUUUGUUUUGGUUUCACUCUGGAUAAAAUGUAGGUUAUUCUCUUAUUCAAACUCAACCCUGUGUAAACACAAUAUGUAACCCAGCAAAUAAUUGACGUCAUCAUGAGUAUGUACUGCACAAUAAGAUAAUAUCAAUAUGAUGAGAGCACUGCUGAAAACCUUGAAAUCCUAACUUUUAUGUGAUGUGAGAAGUGGACGGUCACAUCAUUCCUGAAUUUUUCUCUAUUACACUUGAGUAAAGAACUCAAAACUUCAAAAAAUUCCUUUCCAUUCUGAUAAGCCCAUAGCUCGGGACUCAUAUUUUGUCUGCAUGUGUCGGCAGGUGAACAGUGAGGAGCAUGACAAUGUUGUGGACAAAGUAACGUGGAGCCGUGACAUCCCAGGAGACAUACUGGACAAGAUAGUGGGCGGCAAGGAAGUUCCCACUGAGAGUGUCACUGUGUGGAUCGAUCCUCUGGAUGCUACACAGGAAUAUACAGGUGUGCAUGUGCCUGACCUCCAAUUAUUCUGUUACAUACUCUGUUAGACGUACAGUAUUAGUUAAUGAAUGAAAUCAGAUUUUAAAUAAAAGAAUCAAAUCUUGUGCAGUGUAGCAACUCAUAAUGUCAUAAUGCUUAUGAUGUGAUAAAAUCAUGAAUGCACAACAUAAUAGUGUCUUUGUGUAUAAUGUAAUUAUUUAACUAUUUAUUACAUUCUGAAUGUUAUGACAUUUAAGUUAUUACAUGAUUAGCCUUUAUUACAUUUUGAGUUGCUACAUCCUGCUUCUGGAGUAGCACUUAUCUUUUCAAGAAAUAGGAACAGAUUGAAACUUGUAAACAGAUGACGUGAAAUAGAUGAUCACCUUUUACAGAUUCAACAUGCAUGAAAAGUUCAUGUUUUUCUUUACUUUGACAUUGGCUUGCACUUUAUAGAGCACUGAAUGUGCUUGAUACAAAAAGGAUGUUGUCUGCACACUCACCUAAAACAGUCACAGUUUAAACAUUGUCAUCUGACAUAUAUCUGUGACCUCACUAGCUUAGGAGCCCAUCCAGAAAGCAACUUCAGGGUUUUCAGUCCUACGAGGAUGGUCACCUCUUGCUGGCGUAGGUCACCAUGGCAACUUUCAUCAAACACCUAACCUGCUCUGGAGCAGGUAAUGGUCAGGCUAAGAGAUCAGUUUGUGGAAAACUCAGCCUGCUGACCAGCCAAGUUGCUUGAUUGAGGAGCUCUGUGAUGGUUACAAAGGAGAAAGUGAGGCAGGACAUGCAUAUCUCUGUGUAAAAGUUCUUCAGUCUGUUAUUUAUUGGGAUUUCCACUCUUCAACAGCGACCUAACAGGCAAACAUCAUAGAAGACAGAUUACGUGUGCUUAUUGCCUUGAAUCAUGUUGUGUUAUUCAUUUGUGUCAUCUCCAUAUCGCUCCUUUUGAUACUAUCAGGACUACAGGCUAAAUAUAAAAUGUAAAACUGUUAUACACACCACAGGAAUGAAUCACAGUAACAAAUUACUUAGUGGCCUACUAAAGGGAAAGGGCCAUUCUAAGUCUUAACUUGUGCAUUUGCUUCAGGCGUUUUCCAUCUGACAUUUCUCUUCUCAUUUUGCAAGCUCGGCUGUUUGGAUUGGAAUCUAAAUUAUGUGUUAAAAUUCAAUCUUUUUCAGUGAUAUUAUAGUUUGCUCUGUGUUUGGAAAAUAGAAGGAUUAGGUUUAGUUACUGCACUUGUAGUCUGAGGUAUGUUUCUGUAUGUUUGUUUAGCCGUUAUUGACUGAACACACAUUUCCCUCCACUGCAGCAACAUUUACAUAAUAAUCUAGUUGAUCUCACACACCCGGGAGCAUCCCAAUUCAGCUCCUGUUGAUGCUGUCAGCAAAACAAACAUCUCUCUGUCAGUUUGUUUGCUGUGCUUCAAUGCUAAAUUUGCCAAUAUGUGGCCAAAUUCUGUGCAUGAGGGUAAAGUGAUGAUUGAUGUUGCAGAGUGUGUGAGGGUUUGGUGUAUCUGUUCUUGCUAAAGAACUAGAGAUUAAAGGGAUAUUCUGGCGUAAAUUUAAUUUAGGGUCAAACACAGCUCAAUGCUCAGAACUGCAUCUAACUUCAUCAACAGUAUAGUAUACAUAUAGGGUCCCAGCCGUAGCACUAGCCACCAAACAUCUUUUUAGCUUUGCCUGAUUUCUUUAGCGAAGAGACCAAACACAACUCACCUAUUCUCUUCCAGCAGACGCUUGUUUGUGGGGGAGCCCUUAGACAAGCAUUACUGAGUGCAGCGGGGUGACACAGCAGACCAAGACGCUAAGGCAGAAGAACUACAGAGUCUGCAGUGCACAUACAAGAUACACAAGAACUCUGAUUGCAUUUCCAUGAAGUGAUGAUCAUAAAUGUUCUUCAUUGAGCUGCAGAACUCAGCUGCACUUGUUGAUAUAACUAGAGAAGUUUGUGGAACUAGAGAAGCAAGCAGUCAGCAACAUUCAUCUCUGGAGAGGAUGCCUAACUCAGUGUUAUGGUGUGUUUGACCAUAACUUAAAUUCAUGCCAGAAUAUCCCUUUAAAUACUUCCUUUUAAACACCUUUUUAUUGUAUUUAUCAUGAUUCAGAGUUUAAAGGUCUAUAAGAGCAUAUGUAUCCACAUACGUACAGCAUGGUGUCACAGACUUUGACAUCUUUCUGUUCCUGCCCUUAUCCUCUUUCUCACCUCUUUCUUUCUCUUUAUCUUCAGGGCUGCUUGUUUAUGAAAAGCUUCUUUUCCAGUGGACCCACCCUCUUCAACGUCUAAACCCCCCCCCCCUCUCUUUAUCUUCAGGGCUGCUUGUUUAUGAAAACCUUUUUCCACGAGUAUGCCCACCCUCUUCACCAUCUCAUCUUUCUCUCUCCACAGAGAAUCUGGUGAAGUACGUGACAACCAUGGUGUGUGUUGCUGUAGAUGGCAAACCAGUCAUUGGGGUGAUACACCAGCCGUUCACUGCAUUCACAGGUGUGUGUGUGCGUGCGUGCGUGCGUGCGUGCGUGCGUGCGUGCGUGCGUGCGUGCGUGCGUGCGUGCGUGUGUGUGUGUGAAAGAGAUAAAGACGCCUUCAUGAUUUUGACCUCUGCUGAGUUCGACUCCCAGAGUUGCUCUUUUGAAAAGGAAAAAAAAACAAAAGUUUAUUUAAGUUUUGCAUUUUCACUUCCGACACUACAUACUAAUAGAUUUUGUUGGUUUUUGAUGGAGUAAGGACUUCAAAGUUUUCAUCUUUACCACCUUGGUAUAUAUUUACAGUAACCAUAAUAAAAGUUGUCAUGUUGGUCAACAAAACAUGUUGAUUCCAUCCCUCCAUGGCCUUCGUCUCUUCCUCUCUCUUUCUCUCGCAGCCUGGGGGUUUGUAGGUCAGGGGUCAAACAUUCGGCCACGGUCCUCCUACAGUAUCAGUCCUCCUAAGGUGAUUGUAUCACGGUCACACUCUGGAAAAGUAAAAAAUUUUAUCCAGGAUGCGUUUGGAAAUGGCACAACAAUCAUACCAGCAGGUGGAGCAGGUGGGUGGAGCAUGUUUUUCCAUUUAUUUAUUAGGAUGAAAAGUUUGAAAGAAGCUAAAAAGAAAGCAUAUGUGCAAUCAUGAUAUCAUGUGAAAGCAGGUUGUUCUAUAGUUAUGCUGCCAGCUAUUUGGGUGAAUUUUUAAUUUUCCCUUGAUUUAAGGGGACUGUGUUUCUCAAAUAGGGUUCCAUGUCAAUUCAACCAAGAAUCUCCACUCACGUCACAGAUUUUGAUGAAAUUUGGUGUAGUGAUUGGCCUUCAGUAGAAACUGUCAGAGCUCAAAUAUUUUUGUUCAAAGCCAUCUAAUUAGUGAGAAAGGGGCUAAUGAAUUUUUGGCUAACUAGCAUGACAUGCGUUACAAAAGUGUUCAUAUCUCUGGAAGUAUGACACCUAGAGAGCUGAUUCGGGUGUCAUUUUAAAGCUCUCUUCAAGUUCUAUCUCUUUGUUCAUAACAUUUUUUCCCAAAUUGGACCAGAAAAAAAAAAAGACCAAAAACAAAUUGGAAAUAGCAAAAAACGCUCAUCCUUCAAUUUUCUUCAUAUUCACACUAAAGAAAGACUAUCAUGUCCACUAGCAUCCCUGCAAGUUUCAGGAUAGGCAUUCCAUAACUUUUUGAGUAAUCAGUCAAAAUGUGUGGUACGUUAGUUCGAAAAUCACCAUAUUUGGGGUCGGGAGAUUUUUUUUUUUUUUAUUAUUAUCAUGUGAUUGACUUAAUACGCAAACUGAGCACUUCAGAAAUCGGCCCUUUUAAUGACACUUGGACGGUCAGGAAAUCCUCCUGGCUGACGAGAACCAAUCAAAGGCCAAACUGCGUUCCAUUAUUCCAAUCAUGCGCACACUCUUCACGUGUACUCGGAGUGCUUGGAGAGCCUGUGGUAGCAUUGCAAAGCUGCAAGAACCAGAAGCAGGACUUAUCCACGCCAGUGUUGUGCCGUAGAAUGCACCCCUGCCGUAGAAUGCCCCCCCGACGAGAGCGCGGUUAAAAGUACAUAACAAGGCGAAAUAAUCCAAGUUUUCCUUACUGUUGGAUGGAUUCAAAAGCGUGUGCCUUUAAUGAUUUCAUUCAGGUUAUUCAGAUAAGCCGAAAACAAUAGCCCUCUGAUUCAGAAUAUUUGCUGUCCCGAAAGUAUAUUUUUCUACCUUGACAUCUUGCUGUACAGUUUAUAUACCCAAGUACACCUCGAUAUGUGCAUUUUUGAGACACAUUAAAACAGAACGAAAGUUUGCUAGUAGUCAUGAUCCAAAUACUCGUGUCUUUGUAAAAUACGAGAUCAUUUUCUUCCACUUAAGAAGCUAAUGAGUGGACGGGAUGCAGGGGUGUAUUCUACGGCACAACACCGGGGACAAGGCAGACCAGAGCGUAGCGUACACAUUUACCUGCAUUUACCAGCAGAUUGAAUUUGGUGAGUAAUGGUUUCAAUCGUUUUCAUAUUUUGUGGUAUAACAAAGUUACUGCCGUUCGCUACAGCUUGCGUUGAACACUGCCAGAGCUAGCCAAAUCUCCGGUGAAAAAAUAGCUCCCGUUUGCUUGAUUUUAAGUUAGUGUCAAGCUUGUGUAGUUAACGGUAACAUAAAAGAAGAAACACAAGCUUCUUUCGAAUAUCUCUGUAAUUGGUAUUUCAGGGACGUGUGAGGAUAAUAUUCACGUGAGGGGAUGAAAAGUCUGAAGGUGAAGUGGUAAACUAGUCUAGAACUUGUUGUCCUAUGCUUUGGCCCAUUCUUGAAGCCUUUUGUGACAAAAUAAAAACAUGUGAACCCUGGUCUUUUUUACACUCCUUUUCGCCGCUGAUGUUAUUUAUUGAUUCAUUAAAACAUAAUGGUUUUGAGCCAUCUAAAAUAGCGUAAGCGGGCGUCUCACGUUUACUGCUCUGGCUCCAUCCAUUGACAAGACGGGGCGUCAAUUUUUCAGCGCAACAUUAACGUGAGAAAAGACAACAGGGAAGAGUGUGUCACGAAAGGCUUGCCGCGUGUUUAGACCAAAAGCUACUAAAGCUGUUGUGUAAAUCGCUAUGUUGCUAUUAUUUUUAUAUGGCUGUCAAGAGACUGGGAGUGCUCAGCAGGCAAAGAAGCAGGCUGCUGAAAGUGAGAAGCACGCAAGGCUGAGGCAUGUGGCCACUCAGCGUAAAAGGCCAUGGAGGCUCUGGCGGCCCAGGCAAAAAGAAAAAAAAAAAGUGAUCAAUUGGACUUGGUAUUGGAUCUGUUGGAAUUGCAUGUAUUGUUCUCCAGUCUUACAGGGCAUACAUUGAUCUAAAGUACAGGAUAUUAAGUCUUUAUUUUUUCUAGUCUGUUUUCUUUUUUUCUCUUUAAUUUAUUAUUGUUCAUAUGGCCUUGUACAAACAGUUUUGAACACCUCUCUCUGACUCAUCUAACUCAUUUAGCUUCUGUGAAAGUAAACUUUGUUUCUAAAUAAAACAUGGCCAGCACAAGGUGUGUGUGUGUGUGUGUGUGUGUGUGUGUGUGUGUGUGUGUGUGUGUGUGUGUGUGUGUGUGUGUGUGUGUGUGUGUGUGUGUGUGUGUGUGUGUGUGUGUGAGAGAGAGUGAGUGAGAGAGAGAGAGUGAGUGAGUGAGACUUGGAGUGUUUUUGGCGCCUCCUGCAGAUCACUGAAACACAGUGUGGGUGGACAGAGCUCAAUAUUUUGUUGGGUUGUACAGUGUACCGGAACGUAUUUCCUCUGUACCCUUCUCACCUUUUCAACCCCUGACCCAUUUUCAUGCCUGUGUAUAAUGUGCCAAAUAUGGCGAUUUUCGACCUAACGUACCACACAUUUUGACUGAUUACUCAAAAAGUUAUGGAAUGCCCAUCCUGAAACUUGCAGGGAUGCUAGUGGACAUGAUAGUCUUUCUUUAGUGCGUAUAUGUAGAAAACUGAAGAACGCGCGUUUUUUGCUAUUUCCAAUUUAAGUUUUUGGUCUUUUAUAUUUUUUUCUGGUCCAAUUUGGGAAAAAAUGUUGAAUCAGCUCUCUAGGUGCCAUACUUCCAGAGAUAUGAACACUUUUGUAACGCACGUCAUGCUAGUUAGCCAAAAAUUUGUUAGCCCCUAUCUCACUAAUUAGAUGGCUUUGAACAAAAAUUUUUGAGCUCUGACAGUUUCUCCUGAAGGCCAAUCACAAAUUUCAUCAAAAUCUGUGACGUGAGUGGAGAUUCUUGGUUGAAUUGACAUGGAAUGACCCAAUAGUCUUUCAUUAUGAGUAUAGAUGUAUCUAUAUUGCCUUUGGCCAAAAUGAGUUUGAAAAAUGUUGGCAUAUCGGCUAAAGGCAAAAAUUAUAUGUCUUGCAUCCCCACCAUAAAUAUCCAUUCAUAGUGGGGAUGCACGAUUACUAGCUGCACUUGAACAUACAAACCCCUUCAUGAGUAAAAUAGAAAAUGGAGAUUUCUCUGCUACGCCCCAAAGUCUAAUUUUCCUGCCUGCCUUUUGCUUUCUUAAGUGGAGGUUAAAUAUCAAUCAAUCACUGAACCAGUGCAGUUUCAGACACUGGCUAAGUUUUCAGACACAUAUUCACAAAAAGCACCUACCAGUUUUACACUGGAUAUACAGAGCACCUCAGUACCACAGGAAGGAGGAAAACCAGCUGAGUUCUUAAAACCCUGAUGGGUAAAAGAGCAACUGAAUACUCUAAGUGAUGGGCUGCAUGGAGGUUUAUGUAUAUAUGAUCUCUGUGAUGAAGCAUUUUAUAGCCCAGUGUCUGUGAGAGGGAAUCACAAUCUGACCUUCUGUCUUUCUUUCUCUAAGGUUAUAAAGUUCUGUCUCUCUUGGAGAUGCCUGCCAGUGAAACAGCCUCUACAGACCAGGCAGAUGUUUACAUUCACAUCACCUUUAUUAAGAAAUGGGACAUCUGUGCUGGUGCAGCACUCCUGAAAACACUGGGUAAAUUAGAAUCCAUAUUAUUCAAUUAUUCAAUACACUUUUUCCCCAGAUAUUCUUGUUGGUCAAGUGUAAAGUGUGGAGCUUCUGAUCAGUUCUAAAGAAGACUCAACCUGAAUUUGAUGCAUCUAAAUGAGCUAACAAAGCUCCUGUUUCUAAACAUAAAAAAGGUCUUCUGGCUUUUAUUUCUAAAGUGGAUUUUUAAUUGUUGUUGUACACUGUGACAACUUGCUAUGCCCAUAAUCACAGGAGGCCAAAUGACAACCCUUAAAGGAGAAGACAUUGACUACAGUGACACACCACUGAACAAAGGAGGACUGGUGGCCAGUGUUGGUGUGGACCAUAAGGCUGUUCUGGAGAGAUUACCAAACUGGGACCCUGAAAAGCACUGA